UAUUUGUGUUGAACAAGAAAAUAAUAAUAAAGUGUUUGAAGAAAACAUAGAAAAUACAAAGAAAGAGAGAUUUAUUUUAUCAUCUUGCAUAAACACUUUUUAUAAAAAAGGGGGCGCGUGUGUGCGAUAGAAUACUUUUUUUUCUUCUUCUUCUUCUUCUUCCCUUUCUUUCUAUUUUAAAGAUGGCAGAAAUAACAGAAGAUACAAAGACGCCUCUUCUUUAUUCAAAUAAUGUGAACAAGAAACAUUUUUCAGUAACAAAAGAUAAUCUAAGCCAAUUGGUCGAACAUCCUUCUUUACUGUCAUCUUUUGGUGGUACUUCUGGUCUCUGUCAAGUCCUUCAGGUGGAUCCUACUGUCGGUUUAUUACCUGAUGAAUCAUUCAAUCCAAACUAUGGUAUCGUCCCACAAGAAAGUCAUGCUCCCUUUGUAGAUCGUAAAGCCAUCUUUGGUGUGAAUGAAAUACCCGAGGCUCCCGUGAAGACUAUCUGGCAAUUGAUUUGGGCUGCUUAUAAUGAUCAAACACUCAUCAUGUUGACCGUCGCUGCUAUCGUAUCCCUCUGUGUUGGUAUCUGGGAGGAUAAUUCAGAUAGUCAUCCUGCUGAUGAACCCAAAGUUGGAUGGGUAGAUGGUGUAGCCAUUCUUGGUGCUGUUGCCGUUGUUGUGAUCACAAAUGCAAUCAACGACUACGAGAAGGAAAAACAAUUUAGGAAAUUAAACGCAAAAAAGGAAGAUAGACCAGUCAAAGUCUUACGAGGUGGAUUAGCUCAGCAGAUUCAUAUUCAGGAUGUUGUCGUAGGUGACAUUAUGUUUAUUGAACCGGGUGAUCUUUUGAAUGUCGAUUGUAUUUAUGUUGAAGGUCAUAACCUUCGUUGUGAUGAAUCUGCUGCAACGGGUGAAUCAAAUCCUGUCAAGAAAAAUGAAGAUACAAAGGGUGAUUGCAUCAUCAUCAGUGGUUCUAAAGUGCUUCAAGGUGUUGCCAAGGUUCUUGUCAUUGCUGUUGGCGAAAACUCAUUUUAUGGUAGAGCCAUGAUGCUAAUGCGUAACUCUGAAGAAGAGGCCACACCAUUGCAACUCAAGCUCAAUGUUCUCGCUGACCAAAUUGGAAAGUUUGGAUUUUUGGCUGCUGGUUUGAUGUUCAUUGUCUUGUUGUUUAAAAUGCUUGUCCUGAGCUAUAUGAGCCAUCACUGGAUUUCUAUGAAUGAACUGUUAACAACACUCAUCAGUAUCGUCAUUCAAGCCAUCACGGUCAUCGUCGUGGCCGUACCUGAAGGCUUGCCUAUGGCUGUCACCUUGGCUUUGGCCUUUGCAACUACUGAGAUGCUUAAGGAUAACAAUCUGGUUAGACACUUAUCUGCUUGUGAGACCAUGGGUAAUGCUACUGCCGUAUGUUCUGAUAAGACGGGCACUUUGACCGAAAACAAGAUGACAGUCGUCAGUGCUUCUGUAGCUGAGAAACAGUUCACCAGAACUCAUGAUAUGCAACGAUGGCGAUACCAAGUGAAUCCCUUGGCCUUAGACUUAACCAUUGAAGCCAUUUCAGUCAAUUCAACUGCAUUCGAAGGCAAGGAUGGAGAAGGACAAAUCAAGUUUAUUGGAUCGACUACAGAAUGUGCCAUGAUCGAAUUUGCUCGUAAGCUCGGCUACUCUUACCAAGACCAUCGUGCUGCCUCUCGUUCCGCUCUGAUUUACCCCUUCAGUUCCACUGUGAAGAGUAUGACGACCGUGAUUGAAGUGAAUGAUUGUAACGCUCGUUCCCCCGACCGCUCUCAAUACCGUGUGUACACCAAGGGUGCUGCUGAAACCAUCAUCAAGGCUUGCACACACUAUAUGGAUAUCAAGGGACAAGUCCGGCCAAUUGAAAGCCACAUUCGUGUCGAACAGGAAAUGUUGGUGAAUGCCUAUGCUGAACGCUCUUUGAGAACACUUGCUAUCGCUUACCGUGACGUCGACCGAGCUACCUUCAUUUCGUUCAGCCCUGAUGAUGCUCCUAUUCAUAAUCUCGUCUUGCUCGGUAUCGUCGGCAUUCAAGACCAACUUCGUCCUGGUGUCAUCGAAUCAGUCCAAGCCUUCCGUCGUGCUGGUGUCUUUGUUCGUAUGAUCACAGGUGACAAUUUGGAAACAGCAAAAGCCAUCGCCAAAGAAUGUGGUAUCCUCACACCCGGCGGUAUAGCCAUGACCGGUCCUGAAUUCCGCGCGCUCAACUCACGCGAGCAAUACGAAGUCAUUCCUCGUCUUCAAGUCCUUGCUCGUUCAUCACCCAUCGACAAAACAAUCGUCGUCUCUCGUCUUCAGGAACGUAAUGAAGUGGUAGCCAUGACAGGCGAUGGCACAAAUGAUGGCCCUGCUCUCAAAUUGGCUAAUGUUGGGUUCGCCAUGGGUAUCACCGGCACAGAGGUCGCCAAGGAAGCGUCUGAUAUCAUCCUCAUGGACGACAACUUCAACUCUAUUCUCCAAGCUCUCAAAUGGGGUCGUGCCGUGAAUGAUGGUGUUCGUAAGUUCUUGACCUUCCAACUCACUGUCAACAUUGCUGCCGUAGUCUUGUCCUUUAUCAGUGCUGUCGUCUCUGAAAAGUCUGAAAGCAUCCUCAGUGCCGUCCAAUUGCUUUGGGUCAACAUGAUCAUGGAUACCUUUGCUGCCUUGGCUCUUGCUACCGAACCCUUGACAGACGAUCUGGUGAAACGUAAGCCCCUUCGCAAGGAUAGCAGCUUGAUCAACUGGCGUAUGAGCCGUAUGAUCUUUGGCCAAGCCUUCUUCCAGAUCGCUGUCAAUCUCAUCCUCAUGUUCCAUGGCCCCGCCCUCUUUGGACUCGAUCCUUCCAACACCAAGGUUCUUCGCACCAUGGUCUUUAACGUCUUUGUCUUCUUGCAAGUUUUUAAUGAACUUAACUGUCGCCGUAUCGAUGACCGUCUCAACAUUCUCCGUGGUAUUACUCACGAUCAUCUCUUCCUCAUCAUCCAAGGCUUUGUAGUCAUCAGUCAAGUCAUCAUCGUCCAGUACGGUGGCUUGGCCUUCAAAACAGUUCCUCUUUCUCUCUCCCAAUGGUUGAUCACUAUCGGCAUCGGCUCACUCUCUAUUCCAGCAGGUACCUUCAUCCGUCUCUUGCCUAACCGUCUGCCUUGCUUUUGGAGUGAGAACAAUGAUGAUGAAUUCAAUCAUGAAAUCAGCUAUUCUCGUCUUUACUGGGAAAGUGCUGUACAACAUGUCAUGAAGGAUGUUCAAAACAAGAAAGCCGUUCAUGAAUACAAAUUUUAACUAGUGUUGAAUUAGACUUCCCUUCAACAAUAACAAAACUUGUUAUUAUUUAUGUGUAUAUU